AUGAGCCUUAAUGCGUUUUUCCUUACUUUUAUCGGGAUUGUUUGUGCUUUUGUUUUGCAAAUSGAAACAYCUGAAGCCGAAUGUCACACGUCUCUCUGGGGAACUCAGCUUGUAAACCAUGUCAUGGAUACUUUGGCUAUUGGUGACAUCGAUAGCUGCUACAUGACCUGUGCUGCGACGCCAGGCUGUCAGAGCAUCAACUACUACACAGAAAGGUCUCUCUGUGAGUUGAAUAGUAGGACAAUAGAGAACACGCCCAAUAUGAGAGAGGCUAACGAAGACUCCGUGUACUUCACGAUUCUAGAUCCAAUCCCUCUACGGCCUGUGGAUGGUAAUUUUACCGAGUGGAGCAACUGGACACAAUGUCUUCUGCCAACUUGUGGUCAACGGAAAACACGACAUCGAGAUCGUUCUUGCACCAACCCACCACCUGCUCAUGGUGGAAAGAACUGUACUGGGCCUUACAGCGAGACACAGAAUUGCACUCUGACUCAGAUGGCAUGCCCUAUUUUCAAGAACUGUACUGAAUUCUAUGAACGCGGUUUCAAUCGAAGUGGUGUGUACAGUAUUGAUCCCGACGGAGAUGGAGAAUUUGAGGUUUACUGYGACCRCAWGACUGCAGGAGGAGGAUGGACAGUCUUCCAGAGAAGAAAAGACGGUUCGGUUGACUUUUACCGAGGAUGGAAUGACUACAAAAGAGGCUUUGGAAAUCUCGAAGGCGAGUUCUGGCUUGGCCUUGACAAGAUUUACAGACUGACCAGGCAGACUAAAAACCGUCUUCGUGUUGAUCUUGAGGAUUUUGAAGGACAGAGCGCGUAUGCUGAGUAUGACUACUUUGCUGUAGCCAGUGAAGAAAACAAGUAUAGACUCAGUCUUGGGACAUACUCGGGUACUGCAGGGGAUGCAUUUUCAUAUCAUAAAGAUAACAGMUUCUCCACCAAAGAUCGGGAUAAUGAUAAAGCGAGGUACCUUAAUUGCGCUGAAGMUCGGAAGGGUGCCUGGUGGUACAAUUACUGCUCGGUCUCCAAUCUUAAUGGUCUGUACACCCACGAUGCGAAAUAUUAUGGAACAGACAGUGUGAACUGGUCCAAAUGGAGACUGUACUAUGCAGUUAAGAGAGCUGAAAUGAAGAUAAGACMAGUGUAGUCCCUGGAGCCUGCCGUACAAAUUGAGCACAUUUAAAUUGACGCAUAUAGAAUUGUAAGUCAAGCAAAGUGUAAACAAUGUUUCUUCGUGAUUUCAAUAAAAAAAUAAGCUAAUCGUC